AUGCAGAAAGGAGUAAAUGCUAUAAGAGAACUCCGUGGAGUAAAGAAGUAUGAAGUGGUUUACCCCAAAAGACUUCAUCCACUGUAUAAACGAGAGGUCAAGAAGCCACAUCAACAGGAAAAAUAUGAAACUGAAUUGAAGUAUAAAAUGACAGUUAACGGGAAAAUGGCAGUGCUUUAUUUGAAAAAAUCCAAGGAUCUCUUGGCACCAGGCUACACGGAAACACAUUAUAAUUCCACAGGAAAGGAGGUCACCUCCAGCCCGCAGAUCAUGGAUGACUGUUAUUAUCAAGGACAUAUUAUUAAUGCAAAAAUUUCUGAAGCUAGCAUCAGCACAUGUAGAGGUCUAAGGGGCUACUUCAGUCAGGGAGAUGAAAGGUACUUCAUUGAACCUUUAAGCCCUGCAAAUCAGGAUGAACAGGAGCAUGCACUCUUCAAGCAUGAGCCUGAUGAAAAGAAGGCUCCCAGCACCUGUGGGAUGGAUGACAUGAUAUGGGCACAUACAUCUCGGAAGAAUGUGACCCCACCUGCCACCAGUCUGGUUAAAUUAAAUGACCAGAAGUUUUGGGAACAAAAGAAAUACAUAGAAUAUUAUUUGGUCCUGGAUAAUGGUGAGUUUAAAAAGUACAAUCAAGAUCCAGAGAAAAUAAGAAAGAGGGUGUUUGAGAUGGCCAAUUACGUCAACAUGGUUUAUAAAAAGCUCAAUACUCAUGUGGCCUUGGUGGGGAUGGAAAUCUGGAAUGAUGAGGAUAAGAUAAAGAUCACCCCAAAUGCAAGCUUCACCUUGGAAAACUUUUCUAAAUGGAGGGGGGAUGUCCUCCUUAGAAGAAAGCGUCAUGAUGUUGCUCAGUUAAUCACGGCAACAGAACUUGCUGGAACAACUGUGGGUCUUGCUUUCAUGUCCACAAUGUGCUCUCCUUACCAUUCUGUUGGCAUCAUUAAGGACCACAGUGACAAUGUGCUUAAAGUAGCAGGGACAAUGGCCCAUGAAAUGGGCCAUAACUUUGGGAUGUUUCAUGACUCCCAUGAUUGCAAGUGCCCUUCUACAAUCUGUGUGAUGAACAAUGCACUAAGCUUCCAUACACCUACAGACUUCAGUUCCUGCAGCCGUGUCAGCUAUGCCAACUUUUUUGAAGAUAAAUUAUCAAAUUGCCUCUUUAAUGUUCCGUUACCUACAGAUAUCAUAUCCAACCCAAUCUGUGGGAAUCAAUUGGUAGAAAUGGGAGAGGACUGUGAUUGUGGGACUUCUGAGGAAUGCACCAACAUCUGCUGUGAUGCUAAAACAUGUAAAAUCAAGGCAGGUUUUCAAUGUGCGUUAGGAGAAUGCUGUGAAAAGUGCCAGUUUAAAAAGGCUGGUACAGUGUGCAGACCAGCAAAAGAUGAGUGUGACCUGCUGGAAAUGUGUGAUGGUAAAUCUGGUAUUUGCCCUGCUGAUCGAUUCCAAGUCAAUGGCUUCCCUUGCCAGGAUGGGAAGGGCUACUGCUUGAUGGGGAUGUGCCCUACGCUGCAGGAGCAGUGCACCGAGCUCUGGGGAGCAGGAACCAAGGUUGCAGAUAAGUCAUGCUACAGGAAGAACGAAGGUGGGUCAAAGUAUGGGUACUGCCACAGAGUGAACAACACACAUAUUCCCUGUAAAGCAAAUGAUGCCAUAUGUGGGAAGUUGUUCUGUCAAGGUGGGUCAGAUAAUUUGCCCUGGGAAGGACGUAUAGUAACUUUCCUGACAUGUAAAACAUUUGAACCCGAAGACAGCAGUGAAGAAAUAGGCAUGGUAGCUAAUGGAACUAAGUGUGGAAAUAAGAAGGUUUGCAUUAAUGCAGAAUGUGUAGAUAUGGAGAGGGCCUACAAAUCGACCAAUUGCUCAUCUAAGUGCAAAGGACAUGCUGUGUGUGACCAUGAGCUCCAGUGUCAGUGUAAAGAGGGCUGGGUCCCUCCUGACUGUGAUGACUCCUCUGUCGUCUUCCACGUCUCCAUUUUGGUUGGGGUGCUGUUUCCUGUGGCUGUCAUAUUUGUGGUGUGUGCUAUAGUAUUCAGGCACCAAAGCACCAAAGGAAAGCAAAAGAAAGUCCAGAGGUCACCGUCUGCCCCUGGCACCAGGCCAUGCAGAGAGAAGAGGAAACCACAGACAAUGAAGGCUCUUCAUUGCAAAGAGAAAAGUCAGAUGAAGCUUCAUGCCCUUGACCUGCCAGUGGAUGGCAGUGAGCCUCCAGCUACUUUUCUAAUUACAAAGCCAGAUUUUCCACCACCUCCGAUUCCUACUUCUGUGUCAUCUUCUUCCUUCCUUGUACUACAUGAAGAAACAAAGGUCCUUUCCUCUACUGUUUUCAAGGAUAAGCCAACGUCUAUGCCUAAGGGCUCCAAUCCAAAUGUAUGAAGCAACAGCUUAUCAACGACUGGUGGGUAAAUGAUCAACUUGAAUAAUGGGACAACCUGAUAGAAGAGAAAUAUAUGGGUUAUCUCACUACUGUUUGCUCUUGAUACCCAAAGAGGUUAACAUUUCUUGAUUCAUGUUAUACUUUGAAGAGAUGAAAUAAAAUGUUUAAGAGAGAUGUACUUUUGAGAAUCUUUGAAUUUAAAAUUUAUAUUCUACAUAGGGAAGGAAGAUGACUCUACAGAUACAACUAUGAAGCUGAAAUUUCUAAUUAGGUUUGGUAGGAAUUAAUUCACCCUGUAAUGAAAACAAAUAAAGAAGUAAUCAAAGAAAACUGGGAAGGAUGGGAGAAAAUAGUACAUUUAUCAUUAGAAGACUAAAAACUCAAUUGUUUUAACUAUUAACCUGUCAAAUUAGAACCCUUUGUUAAAAAGAAAAAGUAUAUAACCAUUUUCUGAUUUAUAUAAUAUCUUUCCUACAUUAUCUUCUAUAAUCCAUAUUAGUUGUGCAAUUUGAGGUUUACUACAAUUGAAUAAACUUUACUAAUAAAAAUAUUUUUCAUAGAAAUUGGUAUAAUUUAGUUACUGGUGAGGUUAAAGUGAGCUUCACUUUCUAAGUAAAGAACUUUCAGUUAAAUUAAAAAAAAAUUAGAGAUUGUAAACUGGUAGCUUUCCAGACAUGUAUGAAUUGCGGAUUUAUUCAUAUUGGACCUGAAUAAUUUGGGUCACAAAGUAUUUUUAAGUGUUUUUAAAUUUAUUGCCAAUAUUUAAAAGUUGGGACAUCUUGUAUAAACAUCCAGAUUUCCCGCUUAUUAAAAUUAAUCAAAUGGUCUGUCAACACUAAUCACAGGCUCAUAGCAACCAUCUGCUUAGCUGGCUGCUGAUGAGCAAACAUCGCUGGUUGCCUGCCAAAUAACCCUCUUCUUUCUUGUUUCCAUUACGCCAAUUUGUUCAGUUGUCCAUGUUUUAAAAGAAUAAUUCUCACUCUAAUGGGUAAAUCUCUACUACUCUAAGUCAACAUAAGAAUCUAAUCUCCCUUACUGGUGGUUGAUUUGGAGGUGAGUGUAGCUCUCUCUGUUUUAGCCAAUGAGACAACAAAGGAGACAUGCUGGGGAAUUUAUGGGAAAGAUCUCCUGUUUCUUCUUCUGGAUGUUGGCAUCUGGAUAUCCUGUCUGGUAGUGUCGCAGCCAUGUUGCAACUAUGAGGGCAAGACUGAUAUACAGAACAAGAUAGAGCAGAAAGAUUAAAAGGAUAAAUCCUGGUCUUUUAAUGAUGUUAUUGAACUGGUCGAUUAGUAACUGCUGGAGACACCCCAUACUUUGUUGGGACUUCCUA